GGGGGGAGGAAACCCUCCCGUCGGACGUCCCACGCACCGUUGACUAGAACGCGAGGGAACUUCGUCAGACCAACUUACCUGGCUGUCAUCCUUCCUUCGCCGUGACCCCGCCCCCUCCUGGUUGCCAUGGCAGACACCACCCGCUGCUUCUACUGUCGCGAGGACAUGGGCGGUAAGCGCUUUGUGCAGAACGAGGGCCGCGCCGUGUGCAUCCGCUGCCACUCAGAGUUCUGCGCCAGCAGCUGCGUCGCGUGCCGCAAACCCAUCGCAGUCGACUCAAAGGAGCUCAGCCACAAGGGGCGCUCCUGGCACGAGAGCUGCUUCCGCUGCGCCUCCUGCUACAAGCCGCUCGCCAAGGAGCCCUUCAACACUAAGGACCAGCGCAUCCUGUGUGGGAAGUGCAACUCCACAGAGGACGCACCCCGCUGCCACGGCUGCUACAAGGCCAUCACCGCCGGCACAGAGAGCGUGGAGUACAAAGGCAACUCCUGGCACAACGAGUGCUUCACCUGCUACCAGUGUAAAGGCCCAAUCGGAUCGCAGAGUUUCCUCACUAAAGGAAGUGAUGUGUACUGCACCCCGUGCCACGAAAAGAAGUUCGCUAAGCAGUGUGUCGCCUGCAAACAGCCCAUCACCUCAGCAGGAAUAACCUACAAGGAGGAGCCCUGGCACAGCCACUGCUUCGUGUGCAGCGCCUGCUCCAAGACUCUGGCCGGCACUAGCUUCUACCCGCACGAGGGGAAGAACUUCUGUCUGGGUUGCUUCAAGUCAUCUGUGGCCCAGAAGUGUGCUGGCUGCCACAACCCCAUCACAGGGUUGGGUAAGGCGGUGAAUGUGGUGAAGUAUGAUGGCUGCUCCUGGCACGACUUCUGCUUCACCUGCAAGAGGUGCUCCAUUGGCCUCGCCGACAAAUCCUUCGUGCCCCAGGGGAAGGACGUGCUCUGUGCCGACUGUGCCAACAAGUGAACCCUGCAGACACAUCCAGUGGGGCUCUACUCUAACAUCCAGUGGGGCUCUACUCUAACAUCCAGUGGGGCUCUACUCUAACAUCUAGUGGGGCUCUACUCUAACAUCCAGUGGGGCUCUACUCUAACAUCCAGUGGGGCUCUACUCUAACAUCCAGUGGGGCUCUACUCUAACAUCCAGUGGGGCUCUACUCUAACAUCUAGUGGGGCUCUACUCUAACAUCUAGUGGGGCUCUACUCAAACAACUAGUGGGGCUCUACUUUAACAACUAGUGGGGCUCUACUUUAACAACUAGUGGGGCUCUACUCUAACAACUAGUGGGGCUCUACUUUAACAACUAGUGGGGCUCUACUUUAACAACUAGUGGGGCUCUACUUUAACAACUAGUGGGGCUCUACUUUAACAACUAGUGGGGCUCUACUCUAACAACUAGUGGGGCUCUACUUUAACAACUAGUGGGGCUCUACUUUAACAACUAGUGGGGCUCUACUUUAACAACUAGUGGGGCUCUACUCUAUCAUCUAAUGGGGCUCUACUUUCUCACAUGAGCUGAUUUGAAUGGUUGUAUUUUCAACAUUUGCUAUCUAAUAGCUGAAUCAAAUGAAAUGAUGGAUUGGCAUGUUUUUAUAUAUUAUGUAUUGCAGACUAUAUGUUUAUAUAUCAUUACUGUGACCCUUAAAUGAAUCUUUCUGCAUUUUCACAAUGUAGGAUCAAUGCUUGCUGCAAUUUCUUAGCACUUUGCGUCACUCUUGAUUUUGAAUUGCUAAACAGGGAAUAACUAAAUUUCCAAGACGAUGCUUUGAUAAAAAGAAAUGAUCUAUUUUUUCAAUUAUCUUUUAAAUGAAAAUAAAAUGUGUCACUUAUGUUGUUGCCUCUUUUCUUUUGAUUCUGCUUACAUAU